AAUAAGCAUACAAGAUAAGAAUUAUGACCGGGUAUAUAAAGAAUGUGGACCUUAGAACUUUAGUAAUCAUGAUAAAAGUCUUACUUUUGGCUGGCAUCCUGACAUUUGCAUCUGGGGCUCCCAGUGCAAAGAAGCUGUUAGAAACUUCUCGUUCAGCAACCCUGCGCAGAGCUGGAGGUAGGAUUGUUGGAGGAGAGGAUGCUACCUAUGGAGAGUUCCCUCAUCAGAUUGAACUUCAAGUGUUUGGUGCCUUGAUGUGCGGGGGUUCCCUAGUAGCAGACAAAUGGGUUGUAACAGCUGGUCACUGUUGUGAUGGAGCUUUUGCAGAUAUACUGAGGGUACUUGUAGGAAGUCACCACCGUACUGAAAUUGAUGAAGACCAGGACUCAAUUCCUGUAAACAGUUUGAUUUUACAUGAAAAUUAUGACAGCUAUACUGUUGAAAAUGACAUAUGCUUACUCGAACUUGGUGAAAAGGUAAUAAUGGGCGAGCAUGUUGGUAUAAUUGCACUACCUGAUCCCAUGGAGGAGUACGAGGCUGGAACUAUGUGUACAGUUACUGGAUGGGGUGCUCUAUCUGAAGGAGGAUCACUAGGUGAUACUCUUCAAAAGGUUGAUGUUCCUGUUGUCUCUGAUGAAGACUGUCGUGCAGCAUAUGGUCAGGCUGAUGUUGCAGAUUCUAUGAUAUGCGCAGGAUUUGAUCAGGGUGGAAAAGACUCAUGUCAGGGAGAUUCAGGUGGCCCAUUUAUGUGCGGAGCACAACUGUCCGGAAUUGUAUCCUGGGGAUAUGGAUGUGCUCAGGCCGGAUAUCCUGGAGUAUACACUCAGACCAGCUACUUCAUUGACUGGCUGAACACAAACAUGGCUUAGACAAUUUGAAUUUGAUAAAAUAAGUAAUACACGAUUUUAUGUCUAUUUAAAAUUGUUAAUCUUUUUGAAACGUUGUCAGUUCUAACUAGUUUGCACCAAGAGACAAUUAUUGGGUUUGCAUUAGAAAGCCGAGAGCUUUUUAAUUAAAUUCACAGAAAUAUAGUCCUAGUUUGAAUGACCGUGAUAAAACAAAAAAAAAAUCUUUCCAGUAACAUAAUUUAAGAUUGCAUAAAAUAAAAGAAUUUUACUUUCA